UGUACAGCUGUAGAUUGCGCAAUUUAUAUGUAAAUGUGCCCAAAAAUCUUAUUAAAUUUUAUAUUUUGGAUGUUAUAAAUAUUCUAGACUAUGAAAAUGUUAAUUGUGCGUAAUAUAAAUAGUCAGUAUUGUAUAGUGGACUAUUAAUUUCGUUUGUGCAAACCAGUCAGAGACCGUGUAUUUUUUGUGUUAUGGUGAUGUAUUAAAAUUAUAAAUAAUGAAACGAAAAAUAAUACGGCUGUGCAAAUAAUGUAAUAAUAAUGGCUGUGUUAUGGCUGAUCUUAAUUUCGGCCACGACGUGUGUGCAUUUGGUGCAAGGAUUGCCUGUGAACCCAACGCCACAGACCUACCCGCACGAAGCGAGUGGGUCAUUAUUUGCGGGAUGGGGCAAAGAGACAGGCUUGUAUGCAGUGUUGCCAGCGCUGGCGUUGGUACUCACUGCAGUGGGACUGCUGUUUGGCUGCACCUGGUGCUACAGGCACAAGGAUUGUAAGCCGAACGAAGGAGCGGACAAUCAGUUGUUUACGGCGAGCGUGACGCACCUGCAAGAUGCAAGACGCUCGCAGCCGCCCGACUCUGGCUUCUCGGAGCCGGUCAACAACAACGUCAGCGAAGACAACAACAAUGGCCCAAUCUCUCUCCGUGAGAUGCAGAACAUCGCGAACAACAACGCAGCUGCGUACAUCGUCAGCGAAAACGAGGAGAGGAACCGCAUCAGCAGGGAGUCGGUGGUGGAGUUCGAGCCGCUGCCCGCCGAAAUAAGGGUGAUCGAUCCGUUGGAACGAUGUGCUGAUUGGUUUGCUGGGGAGGAUUUCCCAAGAAAUCAGUUGCAGUAUCUUCGGGAAAUCGGUCGAGGAUGGUUUGGCAGGGUGGUUGAAGGGGAAGUUGAAGACGGCGCAAGUAACUCUACAGUUGCCGUCAAAAUUCUCAAUCAGAACGCGAGUCUGGAAGACAAGGCACGGUUUCUCGAUGAGGCACGCAUUUACCGAGACAUGGACCAUGAAAAUGUACUGGGAUUCGUAGCCAAAUGUCUUCAGGAGGACCCCUGGAUACUCAUAUUCGAGUUGUGCUCUAUGGAUCUCCAACAAUAUCUGGCAGUUAACCGACCAAAGAUGGCCAUUUUGAAUGAGAGCGGCGUACCUUUGCAACUUAUGUGUGAUGUCACGUCAGCCCUUGCGCAUGUGCAUUCGAGAGGAUAUUUAUAUGGGAACCUGCGAAGCGGCAACGUACUGAUCCGUGGCAGUGACAACCCUCGGGCGGUACUCGGGCAGUAUGUGCAAAACGAGCCUCAACAUUAUUAUAACGCAAGCAGUGACGUUUGGUCCCUCGGAUUCCUAAUAUGGGAGAUAUGCACGUGGGGUACCACUCCUGCUGCCGAUCGCCUACCGCCGCCUCCCGACCUGCCUUGCCCCUACCGGGACCAUUUAUAUCAAGUCAUGCAACUUUGUUGGGCAUCCAGUCCCGAGGGUCGACCAACUGCUGCCCAAGUUCAUGCCUUAAUAAACCACCUGCACUUUACACAUACACACAGCAACGAUGCCUCCAAAGACGACGGCUAUGCGAGCAGCGACUUCGAGGAACGGUGGCAGAGGCUUAAACCCAACACCAUCCCUAAAUUAGACGAACAUGUCGCAAUUAUUCACGCCCCGUCCACAUCAAUGGCCUCACACUUUACGGGUUCUGACCAGGACUUCGAUAACGCGCAGACCAUCCAAGACUCCCUGAGCGUCGAAAUGGACACCGCUGUCUCGAGAUCCAGCAGCAUUAUGUCUGACAAAGACGCACUUUCUAUUCAGAUCAAGUCCGAGAGUCUAACGAACCUUCAUGGCUCUCUUGAAGAUGUGCGGAACAUCUACCUUACACAUAACGAAACGCCCGCGCUUGAAUGUCAUCAGGGUAACAUAAGCUUUGAAGAGGUCAAAGAAAAAGAACAGGAUCGCUCCGACAGUUCCGUUGAUCCCUGGCUCAAGGACAUCAUUACCGGUAGCACGGAUGACGUCAGCUACUACAAAGACGUCAGCGAUGUUAUUAAAAAUCUAGAUAAUAUUCUAAAUUCCGAAAAGACCUCUAGUUCAGAAUCAAGCCACCAAGCCAGCCCGUCAAGAGACAAUUUGAGUUUAGAAUGUAAGAAAGAUUACCCAAUGCAAACUAGUAUGGUUAAGUCUCCCGGUAUUAAUAAUUUUCAGCAUAUUCUAGAUAUGGGUCUCGAUAACGAAUCCGACAGUACUGAGCCAUGCGAUGAAGAUGAAGGCGACCGAGAUACUGUUGGCACACUUAGCCAUUCGUUUGAACGUCAUAGCGAUACUACAAGUCAACAGACUCUCGAAAAUGUAACACCCGAAACUCCUAUAAAAGAUAUGGAUUUUGCCAAUAAUAUUCACACUGAAGCUAUUGCCGAUGAAGUUAGUGUAGUUAAAAUAAAGGAAUUAAACCAUGUGCACCGUGAAAGUGAAUUGCCAAAUGAUAGUAAAGUAGAAAGUAGUAAUAGUGAUGUACCCAAUUUAAAGGAAUUGUGUAUAGCGUCAAUGCCUAGUGUAAGUGAAAAAAUGGAACAAGUGAUCUUUAAACAAGACUGUCAAACACCAUAUGAUAAUAAUAGUAAAAAUGUAAGCACCGGUGAUACAGAACCUAAGUCAAUAGAUGUUAGCAGAGCUUUUAUAAGCUAUGAAAUUGAAAACACAGAGAAACAAACCUUAGAAGUUAUUGCAUCCAAAAACCUUGAAAGUGGUAAAAGCAUUAUUCUUAAUUCGAAUGAUGCGAAGUUACCUGUCCUUGGUGAAAAUACUUCAACAAAAGCCGAAACUAAUGAUUCUCUAGUCAGCGUAAAUUCCAUUACGGAUACCGAGAGUUUAAAUGAUUUAAAAACAUUCUCAACAAUUGAUAUAACAAAUAAAAUUGAGAGUAAUAUCAUAGAAGACACACUUGGGAAAACAUCAGAUUUUCCAAAACCUUUUCAACAUUUCCGGAUGGAUCAAGAAGAGAAUAUGAAUACCACUGUCCUACCCUUAGACCAAUAUAAAGAAAUACAUCAUUUUGAUUUGGAAUCGGAUAAUGAAAAUAACCAGCUAAUUCAAAAAUCAAAUGUUCCCACAAAGGAUGUGAACAAAGUAACGAAUAACAGCGUAUUGGAAACCUAUUUAAUAAAUCCAAUGCAAUCUUGUAACCAUGAAGUUGCUUUGCCACAAUUAGAUAUCAGCAACAUAAAUGAUGCAAGCGAUAAUACAUUAUGUCUCAACAAUGUUUUAUUGCCAAGUCAACAAACAGAAGUACCUGUGAUUGCUCUGAGCAUCGAACAUACUGAUCACCUCAACAAAACAAGAAGUGACACCUACACUAUAGAAAAGGAUGUCCUUUUAAAUGAAUACAACAGUCAGGAUCUGAGUUGUAAUGACCAUCAAAAUUAUGUUGAAAAUGAAAUCGAAAGUGCAGUCUUAGUAUUCAAUACAAAAGGCAACGAAGUGUCUGCAGUGAAGGCGAUAAAUCUCGAAAAUACAAUCGAAUCUCUCUCAAGUAUAAAUGUAACUCAUAGUCAAUGUGAUAGAAAAUUAGAAAAUACGAAUGUUUUAGACUCAAUAGAAAACCAUUUAGAAUUAAAAACAGAGCAGCCUGAGGCAGUACAAAUUCAUACUACCAUAGAAUCAGAUACAAAGGUUUUAGUUGUUAAUAACAGGAUAGAUAAUAAAUGUCAUUCCUUAGAAGAAUCUUUAAUGCCUGAACAAGUACAAAAUAGAAAAAAAAAUAGUGUUGCAUCAAGUCUACAAACAGAAGUAACGAAUAUUGAAAAUGUGACUGAUAAAUUAAAAGAACAAUCAAGCGAUAGUACUGCUUAUAUGGAUCUCAUUAAUGAUACAAAUAGUAAAAUUUUAAAAGACAACAGUAUAGAUGAUAAUUAUAAGUAUAUUAUACAAUCAUGUCUAGAAACCUCAAGUAGCGAAACACCUUGCGCUCUCAUCAAUAAUGAAUCGACUGUGUACUUAGAUCUCCCUAGUAUUAUAAAAGAAACUGAUAAUUUCCUGCAUUCAGAAAAAUUUAAUAGUAGCCAAUAUGUAGAAUUUAAAGAUAAUAUUUGCACGAGCACACCGAAAGGUAGUGAACCUUCAGCAGAAAAUACUUUGGAAAAUACGGAAAAGGAAGCUGAUGUUUUAUUCGAAACAAAAAUUCCCAACUACGACACUGGAGUCACAGUAACCAAAUUUGAAUCUAAAUACGUUCCCGAAAACCUAAGUCCUUUCGAUUCACCAUCAAAAAGUCACCACACGGAUACUUACGAUGAAAACAGUUCUGUAGUUUUGGGUCCAUUUGAAAACUGUACUCUUGAACUGUUUAAAGGAGUUAAAUCUAUUUCCGAAAUAACCGAUUUACCUAAAGAGGAACUUUUAGCGUUUUCUUCGAAUUUUAGCGAUAUAAACCUUGAAACACCAUCACCAUUACGAGACGGAAAUUUUUUAAACGAAGUGCCGGACAUCGUUCCUGACGAACUGCACUUCGACGAUAUAGCGACACUGAGUGAGGGUAAACCUGAAUCGCAAACUGCGAACAACACGGAUGAAACUGAGGAUCAGUCUACAACUGAACGUCGAGUUUCCCCACUAACUCCACCAAAUUCACCAGGAAAUAUCCUCGCUUCGACAUCUCAGCAAAAAUAUUUGGUAGAUAUAGAUAUAACUUCAAAUCCCACUAACAUCUCUGCUGCUUACCAAGACGCCAUAGAUUUGAAUCAGAUAGAGCUCCAGAUGACAACAAAAUUGGCAAUAGCGGAGAAUGAAAAUAACAUGAAUAUAGAAUAUUCUGGGCCGCUAACUGAGGAGGGUUUGACGCUAGAUGACUCUGUUUUUAGAGACAAUGAUGCGAUACCCGAAUUAUAUUUAUCCGGCAAUGGCGGUUCUGUUGAAGAUGUGAGAGAUAACCUUGCAAUUGAUGAAGAGCGAAUGAAAGAAUUAAGAAAUGAAUUGGAGCUUAAGUUGCCAUUAGCACAGGUGGCAGGCAUAGAGCCAUCAGUACCCGAUAGCGAAAUAACGGAAUUACCACCACCUCCUGAACUCCUAGUCUCAUACUACACGUUGCCACCAAUCGCGGAGGAAACUCGUAUGCAGCUUUGUGCCUAUGAAAACGACGAUCCAUGGAACUGCUCGAACCAAACAGAAUCCUCGGCCAGCUACCCAGAUCCCUGCAAUAACUCAACUGAUGAAAUCUCUGACCUUCUCACCGGAGCCAACACCGGCCCCCAACAAUCCCACGACCACUCCACGUACACUAUACAAUCACGGGACCCGUCGGUGAAUGUUACCUAUACAGUUCAGAAAGAAGCCCCUAGCAGCAAGGAAGCUACGAUGAGUGCAGACAGCUUGAACGCUAGUCCGCUGAAAAAGUUACAAGACAUUCAAUCACCGAUCGAUGAUAAGACUUACAACAAAAAUGACGAGGAAAAAGAAUCAAGUUGCGAGAGGCUCUCCCAAGUAUCGCCCUUCCUUUUAAGUCCCGCUACAGAAACAUCGGCCCCAGAAAACUCAGAAAAUGCCGCUGGUGUAUCAACUUUUUCGAAACCGACCGUACCGACCGACGCUAAGUCGUCCAAACCGUCGGAAACCCAAUGCCUGUCGAAGGCUACAAGUAUCGACUCAUGGUGUUCCAAUGAUACUUUAUACAAUGUGGAAGAAAACUUCGACGACUUAGCCAUGGAUCCCGAUAUACCAUUAGAUUUUGAAACUGAGCCUGAAAAGGACAAGAGUGAAAGCGACGACACUCUGACUCACAAUGAUGAUGAAAAAGAAGCGAGCCACUGCUCGACGUAUAUCAUCCACGACAGCAAAUCAGAAGUCGAAACAUUUUCACGCGAUUCGAUUACAGCUAACGAUAACCACACUUACACCAAAGUGAAAAUGGAGGUUGCAGGCACUACGACCUCCGCGAUUACCAAAUCCGAUUUAAACGACUCGACAAAAAAUACCCCCACGAAAGAUUUAGCGUACGGGACGUUAAUGUCUGGUAUACCGACAUACUCUAACUGUACUACUGCAUCGGGAUUUGAAGAUGCGUGGAUGCUCCCACAACCUGAAAUGGUAAGGAGAUCCCCUGUAGAUGAUAGAAUACAUUUUACUCCACCUAGAGAUGCAGAAAAAACAGAUGUUUCUGUAAAAGAAAGCCCACAAAGUCCGCAACUCACAUCGGAACCAUGUGUUAAAAAGAUGGACAGUGUAGAACUUUCUUGUUUAGAAGAUAGCCCGGUUGAAGUAAAUCAAAGUGAAACCUCCGAAGAUCGGCGACUCAACGAUGAAGUAAAUAAUAGUCCAAAUAUUAACUUCAGCCACAUGAAUCAAUCUGCAACUAGUACACCUAUCAUAACUGUCCAGGAUAGCGAAAAUACCGAGAUCAUACCCCUUCAAUUACCUCAAGUGCAAAACGAAGGCUCUGUACGCUUCUCGACUGUUGUACCUAAUUUUCAAUCAUUUUUUCGGUCAGCGGAAAUACGACCGCAAGAUUUAUCAUCUAACUUGAGUCAUGAGCCUGUCAGCUCGGAAAUUUUACUUGAGGGAGAAAGUAAAACCAUAAGCUCAGAUAGCAAUAGAGAAGUUUCCGAACUCAAUAGAGUAGUUUCUGAAAGCAAUAGAGACGUUUCGGAAAAUAGUAGAGAUUUAUCGGUAGAACCACCGGCAUAUUCCGAAUUUGAGGAUUCGGCCACGAGAAGGCCGCAAGAUGUCAAUUCGAUGGAAGAUUCUAGUCAUAACGUGCAAAUCAGAGAUGGUUCAGAACAAUUCAGGCACAUCGAAGGCGUUAUACAUCGUCUGCCAGAAUUAUCGACAUCAAGGGAUAUAGAUAGCUUUCAUUUAAUUGAAAACGAAAGAAUAUGUGGUACAUCGAGAGCUUCCAUAACGCCAUCAAAUCAAGAUAUUAAUAAUAUGUCAGAACCCCGUGUCAUCGACGAGCCAGAGUCUCCAAAUUUUUUCUCACCUAAUUUUACGAAUUUAUAUGAAUCUCGCGAUGAAGACAAUAGUCAACCAUUAAAUAUUUACAUCACAGACUUAGAUAUAGAAGAAGAGACUGAACAACCACAUUCUAUUAUUAUAACCGAGAGCCCUUUAAUAGCAUCCAAAGUGAGCCCCAACAGAACCUGCGACUCUAACGCAGGAGCUAAUUGUAUAGAAACUAAUCACACUUACCAGUCUCAUAACAGUGUUUAUCAGCCUGUUAACAAUAUUUGGCAAACCGAUAGUAGCAAAUCCGAUCACACAGUCAAUGGUGAUACUGAAGAAAAGAGCGACCAAAUAGAUACUGAAUGUCCUAAGGAGAUAAAUUUAGAUAAAUGCUCCACACCAGCAGCAGUUAUGUUAGAACAGUGCCCAAAAGGCGUUCAAGAAAAUUUUAAUAAAGAAGUUAAUACAAAUAUAAAAAAUGAUGAAAAAGAGGCAAAUGCUUUAUCAUCGGUUAUAAGCGCACCUAAAGCAAGCACUAGUGUAGAUUGCAAUGGGAGUAACGAAAUGUUCGCAACGGUGAAUUUUCUCAACGAAACAUUUGAAGAGUUGAUGGAGAGCAAUGUCGAUGAUAACGAAAUAGGCAUCGGUGAUUUAAACAAAGAAGACCAAACAGUUAGUUCUUCGGAAAAGUCUCUUGAAAUUAUAACAGAUUCAGAAUCUAACCGGAGUCCCAGUAAUGCGUUUGAUGUCCUCGAGGGGCCCACUUUAACUAUGGAACAGUUAUAUGAAGACAGAUUAGAUGCGAAUGGCUUUGUUCAAGAAGAGAAACAGGUUACGUCGCUGACGGAGGAUUUUUUAAAGAAUGAGAAAAAAUAUUGCCAGCUCGACUCAUAUUUCCCUCUCUUAAGUGAUAUAAGAUUUACCGGUCCCGCAACAGAAAUAAUGAGCACCUCAUUCACACAAGACUCACCAACGGAACCCACUUCGCCCGAAUGCGAGCAAGACAGCAAACCGGACGCCACGGCCGACAUAUUGAAAGACUGGGACAGCGAUAGCGAUUCGCAUUCUACCAACUCAUCUAGCGGUGAAUUUAUAUGGAAGCAGCGCGACAGCAACUCACAGCCGAGCAACACUGGCUCGGGCGAUGUACCCUCGUCAGCCGGGUCGGGGGACUCCGCGUCUGGUUCGGAAGGCGAUGAGGUGGAGUUCGUACCGUCGUCUUGGGACUGCCGCGCCGCACCCUCCAAAUCAUCUCUGAGAAGUCUGGAGCAGCCUCAGGAAAGCAAGAAGCGCGUGGUGUUCAAGCGGCAGAAGUACCACUGCGUGUACGAGUACCCGCGCGAGGUCGCAGAUAUUGACGCCGACUCUCCGGCCUCCUACUUGCCGGAUUUCUCUACUUAUUCGGAAUGGGAUCCGUCAAGCGCCGAAGACGCGGAGCUCGGUUACGGGCAACUGUUCGGCGCGCCCAGUCCGCUCGACAUGUUCCCGCUACGAGCCGGGAUCGCACUAGGCGCAGAUUACGACGAAGACUUCUUCAUAUCGUCAUCAGCGCGACCCUUUGAGAGCCUCGGCGUGAUGACGUCGGCGAGCCAGUUCUUCCCCGGCGCGCACCUCAAGCCGCUCGCGCGCGAACUCGCUGACGAGCUCGACGACUUUCCGCCCCCGCCCUCCCCGUUACCCACACCUACGUACGUACCCACCAGGACUCCCUCCCUAGACUUCACAACCCCAGAUUCCGGUGUUGAGGAUAUAACCCCAGGUUCUAUCACCGACGAUGAUCUGAAAGCCAAAAAAAUGCCCGAUUCCGACGCCAGUCAGUGCUGGAAGUCAGUGGACAGCGCUAGUUCUAGCGAAUCCGUAAGUCCCAGCUCUCCGGGGGGCGAAUCGCUGGGUGGAUUACGUCACACGCGCGACAAACUAAAGCUCGACUUACCCCCGAGCCCGCACAUCCCUUCCCCGCGACACAACCGCGUGUUCAACUUUGUCCUGGAUAAACCCAAGCGAAGGGACGAAAAACCCGCCGAAGUCGGAACUACCCCGCUUGUCAUGACCGACGAAACCCCAAUAAUAACCAUGUCGUUACCCCUGCCGAAAGACUGCGAGGACGCCAUGCCAGAACCGACCUUCUCCACUUUCGGGAAGGGUUCGGGAUGCAAACCUACACAAAGCACGGAACCUGAGAAGAAUAUCGUCCUCACCGAUGAGGAGAAUAUCGAGGCGAAAGAGGAGAGUUCGAGCAAAGUGGAGCCUGUGAAGGGAGAGGGAACUGUCCUCGAUAGCGGCGACGAAGAUUCCGGUAUAGAGAGUAGUUCAAAGGCUACGCUCGAACGGAACAAAACACCGAAUAUCUCUUAAGUAGAUCAAAAACGUAGAUGUAGAUUUCGUAUUGUAUAUAAGUAACUUUACAUGUGACAACAUUUUUUGUACUCAGCAGAUGCGCUAGGAAUAUAUACGCAAGCGUCGAGGACGCAUUUUAAAAUUAAAAUGUGAGGCGAUUUAACUGUGUACGAAAAAGUUGUCAUGUUCUAAAGCUCUAAGCCCGUGGUAUUAGGGCUUCGAUUUAGGGGUGGGGAGCAAAUUUGGCUUGGAUGAUGUAUAGAUGGCGGACGUAGAUUAGAAUUACGUUUCGCAAAUGUGUUUAAAUUCUCGUAUAAGCCAUUGCAUUAAAGCAAUAUAUCACGAUUUAAGUGUCGCUAUAUAAUUUGCUAUUUCCCAGCUCAAGGCCCCAAGAAAGGAAUUUAUUACGGGCUAGUCUUUAAAUAGGCAGAGGACUAAGUUUGACGAAUUUCCAAUACUACGUUUGUUAAAAGGUCAAACUAAUUCCACAGACUAUUAUUUGACGAUUUAAAACAUAUGAAAGUUAACGUCACUUGUAUAUCAUCGCAGGACAGGACAUUUUGCUUUCCACGCGUGCACGUUAAGGUGUAUUUUCAUUGGACGGUAACUCAGUAGGUACAGCAUGCGGGGACUCCCACUAGGCGGGCGAACAACUAGUCUUCGGUAAUUAACAAAACGCAAAAAUCUUGAGAAGUUAAAAAUGCUUAAAUCUUGCAAAUUAUGAUUGUAUAAAUUUAUCAAAAGUUCAGAAAAGGUUUACGAAUACUGAUUGAUUUGUAAUAUUGUGUUUUUUUAAUGCUUAUAUUGAUUGCUAAAGACGCGUCAAGAUAGUUUACGCUUCGCCAAAUGCCUAUACCCGACAGUUGAAAUAAAUUUGCCCUACGAUAUACAGCAUGCGGUUUAUCUCAAGCCGUAAUUUCAAACUAUUGCAUGCGUUUUAUAAAAAUGGUACGCUCAAUGUAAUCCGCCUUUUGGCAUGCUUUUUAUGAAUCUCGAAUGCGUUUUGGAAGGGCUAAUGAAAAUGCACCCUAAAGCCAUAGUUUCAAAUGUAUGCAACGGCUCGUAGUGUUCCCGUUGGCGUGCUAUAGGUAAUAAUGCCAUUACACUAAGAUUACCAACCGUCAUACUGAUUAAGUGUUCGAUUAGUAUUAAAAUUAAUUAAUUUGCAUGACAUUUUUUAUACAUAUCGGAAUUCAGUAAUUUUUAAUGGAUAUUCAAUUUUAAUUACAGUUUUCGUGAAUGGAAUCAAUAAAUCAAUGCAAUAUUCAAUUAGAACUGAAUGUCACGUGGCGUUGACCAGUGAUCUUUCUACACAUAACUAUGGUACAAAUAACCGUGAAUGGUAAUAAAUAUAUAUGUAGAUAUAGCUUUGAUUAUUGUAAUAAUGAUAUAAUUAAUUAAUCUAGGAUUGUAUGUAAGGCCGACUUGUCACGAAACGCCCCCGAAGCGGCCUAUUCAGUUUUAUACAGCCGAAGAAACCAACUCAUAAUAUUUGCUAGAUUUUCAUACGUAAUAUUUUUGUUAUUUCUUAAUAUAAUAUAUGUAGUAGUAGAUCGUACCGUAUAUUAUAAAACUGUGUCGGAUACAUGUGCAAAAGGAAUGUCGCAAUCAUAAUUCGUAUAAACGGAGUUGCAAUUAUAUUAUUUAGCGUAGAUGGUAGGUAUUUUAAUGAUGAAACUCUUUAUUUAAAUUUUUAACGAUAUUUAUACUUUGAUACAUAUUUAACUAUACUUUGAAAUUGCUAUUUCUACACGCGAUAUCGAUUUGUGACGUGUAUCUGAACAAAGCGUAUAAAUUGUCUAAAUUUUAACGUACUUGUGACUUAUGCGCACAAUGAAUACGCAUCUUCCAUCUUGGAAUUGUAAAAAAAAAACAUUCAGGGUGCAGUCCAACUCAUAAACAAAACAUUUGUUUCAUUAAAAAUGCAUAAAAUAAAACGUCGCUUUCAAGUAUGUACCGUCCGUAAAUGAGAAAUUAAAUAGCACAACUUGGAGUAGGCCGUACUCUAAGCUCCAAAAACUUCUUAAAACGUAUAACUGGAGAUUUUUUAGCGGUACUCUUCAAGUAAUUCUUUGGCAAAAAUUACCCAAUCUUUCUAAUAUUAGAAAAUAACUUGAAACAUUUUAUGUUUUAACAAUACAAGAUAAAUUAUGCGGUUUAUAGUAAGAGAUAUAGAGAUUCGCUUGUACGUUCAGUGCUAUUUGCGUACUCAUAAGCUAUAAGCACUCGCACACGCCUUGCGUCUAUCCCAUAUAAAGAGGAAAUCCUGGAACACGAUUAACUCGAUUUAAUGUCAAGGAAUCUUAAAUCCGUACCAUUUCGCACAUGUGCCAAGCUUGGACUGCACCCGUAUUUAUUGAACGUUCAAAAUUCAAAGCCAAUUUCUAAUUAAGUAAAAAUUUAUAUUAGGUAAGUGUUUUAGAUUUAUGAGUGGUGGUGACAGGACGUAUCUGUGGAAACCUCGGCGGCACAAACAUAUUUACACUUAGAACUAUCACACUUAUAGAUACCUCUUUAAAACUACGCCUAUUACUUCUAUACUAAACUACACGCCGUAGAAAUAGAUUAACACUACAAUAAACUAACAGAAGGGUAUACAUAUUAAUAAUAUUCCUUUAUUUUUUUCGAUAAAUUCUGCACUGAAAUAUCGGAUUGUUCCGCAUUGUGACGCCGAGCCACUAUAGUUGCUGGGUCCUUAUUGGCUAAGGUAUUCAAAGUUCAGCCAAACUUUACAGCUACUUUUUAACUUUAUUCAAACAUUGCAACAGCUAUUAAUUAAAAUAUAAAACUUGACACAUUGUCUGCCUGAAAAGCCUAAGUCGCAAACCAGACAUGGCAGUUUUAACUGGCUUUAGGCCCAUUUAAAACGGUGAAUCUGCUUUAAAAGUUUAUUCAGGAAUGUAUCUCGAAAAAAAAAUAUUUUAAACUAACAUGCCUUUUUUACAGUUCUGUUUAUAUUAAUGUUACUUCUACCCACUUUUUUUAGCUUAGUUAUAUUUAUUAAAAAAUACGUCCAUAUGAUGGCACAACCAAUAUACAGUUGGCGGAGGCAAUGGAUUUCGAUGCCAUAGAUAAUAAGGGCCCCAGUAGCGCGCGCCACGGAUCGUGUCAUCAGAUAUGCAAUUCGUCCAAGCGUGUGAACCUCAUGUGCAAUUCUUCUCAUUUCCAUAUCAUCGCAUUUUAGUUGUUUAGUUACUGCUGUAAAUAUAAUUUAAAAGUUAUCGGAGAUGAUUUUUUUUUUAAUUAAUAAAUUCUAUUAUUCGUACGUGUUUAUACUUUAUUGUUCUGAACUAUUUUUUUUACAGUUUUUAAAAGAUGUUUCGUUAAUGUACAGGUGUAAAUAUGCGGUAGAUGUCCAUUUUGUUGCGAUUCCAUGGUAGUAUAUACUCGUUUAGGUGUUAGAAGUUACAUUUUAGUUUACAACCCGUGAUACAAGUUUUCUAGUUACUUGGCACUUGAGUGACGUUUGCAGUUAAAUUUAUUUAAAGGGGUCAAAAUCUGUCAUUUUACGGACGGCCAAACCCAAUAGGGGUUUGGCCGUCCGUAAAAUGACAGAUUGUCGUGUGGUGUAGUGAUGCAUAAAAAGAACUCCCGCACAGUUCCGUUUUCAAUCAAUUUACAUAAAUAUUAUAUACAUUUUGCAUAAAUAUUUGAUAUCAUCUUUCAGUUAAGUCAUGAUACUAAUUGUUAUUUUUCCCAUAUGCUUUUAUUAUUACAUUAUUUGUUUACUACUAUUCUUUAGAACAACCGUUUUUUAUAACUCAAUUAUUCUGAGUUUCAGAAUUAUAAUAUACGAAAAUUAUUAAAAUUCUGAAAACUUCAGCAAUAUAAAAAUAAAACUGCCUUAAGCUUAUGUUAGUAAACCUCCAGUUCGAUAAAAUCUGUUAGUUUGAAACAUAUUUGUGAUGUCGAAAAAUUUGCGAAAUAUUUUUGCCAUGUUAUAGUAGUAUAUAUUUUUUUUUUGAAUUUUGAAUUUUAUAUUUUAGCUAUGGAAUAAAUAAAAAACAUAAAUGCAUACACUUUAUGCGUCUGUCAGGAUGCAAAAAUGUGCGUGGCCUUCAAUUUCUAUACGAUUUUUUUUAACUCGUUAAAUUUGCAUUACUACACCGACAUGUGAUACCUACAUUACUCAAGUUUACUUGAAAAUUUGUAUUAGGAGCUCCGUAAUUAUUUCGAGGGACGCCUGUUUAGCAUGUGGUCCUGUGAUCGGAAAAAUUAAUAGCUUUUAUAAAUUAUAUGCUAAUCAGUUCGAUAAUAUUCCCAACACUAAGGAUUUGUUUAGAUUACCUUUACAACUAUAACAAGGAAUUAUUUGAAUGAAUUGUCCAAUUAAAAAAUUAUUAUGAUUAUAACUAUUUAUUGUUUGUAAGUUGUUGUUUUGUAUGAAAUCGUCAGCAGUAUUUAGUGAAUGUCGUGCAUUGGAAUUCUUUUCAUACGAUGACUGUCUUUAAAAGUAUUUAUAUGAAAAAAUAAAUAAUAAAUAAAAAUUUGACUU